AUGCCGCCGUUGAGUGCACUUGUACUCGCGAUUGCAUCUUCGGUGAACACUCGUAUUGGAAGAAAGCGAUAUGAAGACGACCAUCAAGCUCAGGCCUCGGAACAGAGGGACGUUGAGAAGGAUGGUCAUGGCGAGGAGGGUGUCGAUGGCGAGUUGCGCACGCCCAGGAGCGUGCCGCUGGAGACCGCGGACAAUCCUGAGGAGGAUGAGGAGGUGGAGGUGGACGAAACCGAUGUCGAAAUAGAUGAUGUUGACGACAAUGAUCAUCCUCGGCGACAUACUCGGGACGACAUUUCGGCUGAAGACGAGCUCGCUGGCACAACCUCCCCGGAAGCAGUCCACAGAAACACAGGCCGCUUCCCCCGUGUCAACACCGUCACAUCCUUCGGUUCCUCCGUCUCCCAACUGAGGUUUUCUCGCCCAUCACUCCCCUCCUGGCUUACUGCAUCCAAGAACAUACUCUUUGGGUCUUCGUACCCCAAGGUCGGCCUUGCAUCAUCGUCGUCCUCUCAAUAUGCUCCAAAUUACCGCAUCAUGCCCAUCAUCAGCGGCGUGCUCAUGCCCUUCGCCAUUUUGCUCGAGAUUCCGGGUAUUACGGAGCAUUGGUAUAUUAGGACGGAUGGUGUGAACAUCGUGGAGACGAGGUCGAAUUCGGUCCUGUUGGAUGUCGGACUGGCGCUUAGUAUGAUGUGCGCGGUGGCGGCGAAUGUGGCUAUCUUGACGAGGUUUUUGGAGAGGAGGGUCAAGGCCAUGACGAUUCUUGCGGCAUUGUUUUUAACGAUUCACGAUGUUAUCAAUAUUACUGCGGUUGUCGUCUUCGGUGUGGAACAUCGUUUCAAUGAUGGCUUUACUUAUGGUGAAGCAUAUUGGCUGACUGUGUGCUCGACGAUCGUCUCUACCGUCACGAACAUUACUCUGCUUUGGGACCUUUUCACCGUACCUAACUUCAAGAAUAGUGGCAGCGGCAUCACAAAACAGCAACGUUCAUUGAUCAUCAUCACCAUAACCUUCCUCACAUACUCUGCCCUCGGUGCCUUGCUCACCUCACUCCUUAUGCAUCUCACCUUCCUCGACGGUCUAUACUUCACCCUCGUCACCACUCUGACCAUCGGUUUUGGCGACAUUCAUCCCGACACUCCUGUCCAACGCAUUGUUGUUUGCUUGUACGCAUCAUUUGGGAUAAUGAUACUCGGUGGGGCGAUUAGGCUGAUUAGCGAGGCUGUGGUGGAAGGAUUGGAGAUGGGAUAUAUGGAAAGGCUGCAGAGGUUCAAAAGGGAGAGGAAGGCGAAGCGGAGGGAAGAGAGAGAGGAUAGACGGUGGAGAGGAGUUGUGGAGAAGAAGUUAAUGGGGCUGGGAGUUGAGGUCUGGGUGUCAGAUACCAAUCCAGGGCAGCAUGGCGGCCAUCGGCAAGUAGGUUCCAAUGGGAAAAGAAGUCGGGUGAGGAGUGGCAGUGAGAGUGGGUCAAGCUUGAGGAGGGCUUCGUGGUACUUGGCUGGUACUAUGGGAGGUGUUGGUGGCGGAGAGCUGAGGCUGAACACGGAGGCUCUCACCCCCGGCGACCUCGAGCAGGCUGCGCUGGACGCUGGUGUGUCCUUGGACAAGUAUCGCUGGAAGCGUAUCGUCAGGAGCGCGGCGAAGGUUCGAAGGGACGAGAGUCGGAGCCAGAUGUCGCUUCGAUCGCCGGUGUCUCCGACAGGGCUCCAAAGCGUCGAUGAAGAAGACGGUGGUGCGAUCAGCGAGAGGAGGGGAAAUAGCGGGAUAAGUGAAGGAGCUACAAAUAUCCUGGCACCCAUCCGGACUGAAAGUCCUGUUCCUUCGAACUCGAGUCAUGCGGGAGCCAGUAACACUUUGACAAGUAGCGCGGAAGGGAGUAUGCUGAAGAGGUGGAUGACCUGGUCGGCUGAGUGGUGGAAAGGAACUUAUGACAGGCUAUUCAAGAAGAAGAAUGGAGAGUUUGAGGCUCAAGAAUUAGCGAAGAUCCUGGAGCGAGAGAAAAAGAGAGAUCUCUAUGUCCGCUUGACCGUCGCAUGGUCUCUAUUCUUCAUCUUUUGGAUAUCUGGAGCCCUCAUCUUCGCGCAUACAGAGACUUGGCCAGUCGGUACUGGGCUGUAUUUUUGCUUCAUCACCUUCACAUCUAUCGGGUACGGAGAUUUUGCUCCUUUGUCGUCCAUAGGCCGCGCGAUCUUCGUCUUCUGGGCCGUCCUCGGUGUCUGUGCCAUGACCAUCCUCAUCUCAGUCAUUUCUGAUGCAUUCUCUUCAAAAUAUCACAAUAUGAUGCACGACCGCUCCUUCGAAAAGGCCAUUCGCCGCUAUCGUUCCAGCUCUAAACAUCGAUCGGGGAAGCCUGACACCGGUCGCCUCCAAACUUCAUUUUCAUACAAUACGAGCCCUAGAACUCCCAGAGCUCGCUCCCACUCUCGUGGCAUCGAUGUCCCCAGCUCAGUGGCAGCGCUACCGAAUCCCUCUAUCUCAGCCGUAGCGUCCGCUGCAGGAGCACUAGGGACCGGAGGAUCAGGAGGGUCAAAAAAUCCCACCGUUUCUCGUAUAGCACCUGCCCUAGAAGCUAAUCUCGCUCGUCUCUCCACCUCUGCUAACUCGCACCCAAGCCCUAACCGUUCUCGCUCCGCCGGAUCCCCUGCCUCGCCUUCGACACACCACCCGAACAUAACCCUCAAUCUCCCUGUCCGCACACUCGAAGAAGCCGAAGUAAAGAUCAAAGAGCGUACUGAAAUCUUGCCGGAACUGGUUCUUCAACACGUCCAGAAGUUUAGGGAGCAUCUGAGGUACUUUCUGGUGACGAAUGGUCAUACGGCAGGUGGUUUGGCCGAGGCCAUGGUCGUAGUUGGGGAGCACGCGCAGGACGAGCAGGGAGAGGUCAGUGUCGCUGGAUCUGGUGUGACGAACGGGAUGAGGGUGCCUGAGGAAAUGAGAGUACUGUUGGAUGAGAUUGCGGCGCAGGAGGGGAUCGGAGACAGGUUGAAAGAGGAGGUGUGGCAGGAUGCCCAUGCGAGGAAUACACUAUUCGUCCUUGGUAUAGAAACGGGUAUUCGCAGAUUAGUAGACGCUGCUUCUGAAGCCCUCCAAGUCCUUGCCGAACGCGAUCGACUGAUAGACGAAGUAGACGCAAAGCUCGCUAUUGGUGUAGGCCUUCCUAGCUCGGCCCACGACUUACCUGAGGACAUUGCCAUUCGACUUGUAGGGCUCGCCCCUGAUAAUGCACACGGAGAUAGAGGGGUGUUCCAAGAGGCGUGGAGGCAAGAGAAGCGGAUUGGUGAGGGGGAACUUGGAUUACAGGAGGAGAUUGAGGUAUAUAUGGGUUCGAAUCGGGCGGGGAAUACUACUUAUAGGUCUGACUGA